AUGGCGGACUCCGGCGCCCCCCCGGGGGAGAACCUCACGCUCGCGCAGAUCGCCGCGCAGCAGACCGCCGCGAUGCAGGCCGCGAUGCAGGGGCGCGGGCGCGGUCGCGGCCGCGGGCGGGGCGGCGAGCCCAAGCCCAAGAAGCUGACCAAGGCGCAGAUCGCCGCGCAGGAGCGCGCAGCCGCGGCGCACGCCGCGCAGGCUGCCGCGGUGGCGUCCGCGGCGCCGCAGAUCCCCAUGCAUCAGAUGCCCGGCGUCCCGAUCCAGAUGCCCCCACCCGGCGUGCCCGUCCCGCAGCAGCAGCAGCAGCAGCAGCAGCAGCAGCAGCAGCAGCAGCAGGCGCCGGGUCCGGGCGGGGGCCCGCCCCGCCCACCGCCCCUGCGCCAACGAUCGCCGGUGGAUGUGCAGAACGAGCUCCGGCAGAACCUCGAGCUCAUCAAGCGCGAGACGGUCGAAUCUAAGAACGCCUUCGAGCGAACGGGCCGCACGUACGAACCGCCCAAAUACGUCGUCAAGGCGCAGUUCGACGCGGCGAUCGGCGUCGAGCUGUGGCUCGACGAUCACGCCAAGAACUUCGACGCCAACGAGCUCGCCAAGAAGAUCGCCAUGCUCCAGGGCAUCCAGACCAAGUGCGCGAAGGGCAUCCUGGACGAAAACCCGUUCGAGGCGCUGUGCUGCUGGGUGGAGCUCACCAAGACGUACUACAUAUGCGUCCGCGAGAGCAGGAACCUGACGAUGAGGGGCGUCGCCGGCAUCGUCCCGCCGACGUUCGCCCUCCCCGUCGACUCCCCCGACCCGCCCCCCGCCAUCCCGGACGACGACGUCAUCCCGGUGCACGAGCUGGACGAGGCGAUGUUCCAGAUCGUGGGGCCGAAGGUGUGGGUGGAAGCGGUGCAGGAGGACUUACUGCGGCGCGUGGGAAUCGAGGGCAUAGCGCCGACGUACGCGCGGAGCCUUCGGAAGGGCAAGGAGAAGGGGCAGCCGGCUGGCGGCGAAGGCGGCGGCGCGGGUGAAGGAGAAGGAGGAGAAGGAGGAGGAGGAGGAGGAGGAGACGACGGCGGUGGAGGAGACAAUGGAGGAGACAAUGGCGGAGGCGCGGAAACGGGUGCCGAGGGGGAAGCGGGCGGGGACGCGACACCCAUGGAGUCGUAG